AUGUCGUCGAGCACACCCAGCUCUACCCGUGGCCGCCCCCCACUGCCCAGCGGGCCCCGCCUGCGUAAGCCGCCGUCCAAGGCAUCGCUGAUUCAGACAGAGGCCUCGUCCGAUUCGUACUGGCCGCACAGUCCGUCCCCUUCAGCGACCGAGCCUUCCCCGGUGCUCCCACCGAUCUACGAGGCGCCCUGUACAUUCCAACCCCAGCGCCACACCAGUACAGCCGAGAAAUCAGUGCAGGUACCCGCACCAUCGACUCGCAAGGUCCAAAUUACCCCCCUGCCGUACCCUGCUCCUGUGGACUUUGAGAUCUCCCCGACGCCUUUCAAGGGCCUGCCGCUGGAGGCAGCACGAUGGACAUUCAGCUCACAACAGCUGCAGGAGAUCGUGUCGCGCGCGAUUCGGUACACCGCGCAGGAAUCACAUCUGCGGUUGCUAUCGCUGGAGGCGCUGGACGUGGAGAUGCCGAGGGAGAAGGAGCAGCUGGAGACGACCCGCUUCUCCACACAGGCGCAGUACAAGUUCCUGGCUCACAGACGAAACAUGCUCAUUCAAUCCCUACACUCCUACGCUUACUCUCACCACGCCUCCGAUUCCGAAGGCCUCAACACCCUUACCUCGCUCAUUUCACAGCUUAGCUCACUAGUCGGCACCCUGGACAAGCACACGCACACACUCCUCCAAGCCACGACACACGAGCACCAAAUCACCUGCCUCCAAGAAGUGCACCAGGCCUCUGCCCUGGCGGUGGCUCUCCGCAAACUCAAUGCAUCGUACAAAAAGCGCACGGACGAGCUCAGGCAGGCGCGGCGGCGCAUUGAGGAGCUCGAGGCGGAGCUGGAGGAGGCGUGGCGCUGCGCAGAAGAGGUUGCGCUCGAGGCGGACGAGGACGAUGAGGAGGAGCUGGACGCGCUCGAGCCGCCCCCGGGCGAGUCGACGAUGAACAGCGUCGCGAUGGCGCAGGUAAUGGGCAUCACGGGCACCGCCCACGUCACGAAGGCUACUACAUUUAACCCAGCGGACGAGAAAGUCCCCGAGGACGACUACGACAGCAAGGCGAGCCGGCGCAUGAGCAAGGUGAGCGUCGCGAGCACCUCGGCGUCGCGCUCGUCCGGGGGCCGCCUCGCCCGCGUGCGGUCUGCGCGGAAACGCAGCGUACGCGCAUCCAAGGCGAGCCUGCGCCUCCCGAAGACGGUGGUGGACGACCUCAUCAAUGCGUCCGGCGCCGACGAGACUGACGAGAGGGGCGAUCGAUCCGGGCGAAGAAGGCAGCGUAGCCGAAGCAGGAGCCGUAGCAGGAGCAGGGCACAGGCGCCGUGGGCGUUGGACACGGAGGAUAUGCCGCCCGUGCCACGGCUGCAGCUCGAUUCUGCCAGCAGUCACAGCCCGGCGAGUGCUGUGAAGCCGCAGGGCGGGUCGUUUUUGGAACUGGAUAACGGGAGUAAGAAUACAGUUGCGCCCGGCCAGCGGACGUCAACGAUUGAGGUGGGCGAUAUGAUGAGUGGACGGGUUAACGGGAACCUCGGUGACAACGAAGCCGAGCAGCACUCGCAUCCCUACUCUGCGCCACACGACCAGUCCAACUUCCCUCCUAAAUAUACCGAACGCGAGGACGGGCGGCACUCAGACCCCGACUCGCCUAUCGACAAUGAGCUCCGCCCACCACCUAGGACACGCAGUCGGCCCUUCUCGCAGGACGACCGCUCGCUCGAGUGGGACGAGCGCCCUGGCCCGAGCCGUGUAUUUUCCAUGCAAGCCCCAGCGGUAGCGGCGCACCCGACGCACCACCGCGCAAGCCAGUCGACCUCGACGUCGGUGUCGUUCGAGUCGUCGAUCCGCGAGUCGGAGCCGCAGAGGAAGAGCGGGAACGGCGUGCUCAAGCGUGGCGUGUCCGCGCCGCAGCUGAAGAGGACUAUCACGGAGUAUUUGAGGAUCGGGCGGCAAAAGAGGCAUACGUGGGGGACUAGGACUGCAAGGGACGCAGGUGGAGGAGGGAGUUCACCAGAUGUUGCAUGAAGUCCCUCAGUGAUAUUCUUGGACCGUCGGCCAGCCUGGUGCUCUGCCCUUCAUGUGCUCUGAUCUCACGUAUAUAAUCUGCAUGCCAUUUCAUGUUUUUACUCCGGAUUUACGAUCUCGGUCACGUCCUUGCUACGACUGGUGCCAAGCUUAUAAUCACCUCAUAAUGUAUCCCCUAAUCUGAACGGACAUAUCCUGUACUUUACUACAUAGACUGCGACUCAUGCAAUAUC